AACAACAAGCGCAGGGCUUGGUAAUAUUGGAACCAGCAGCGCUACCAGCACUGUCAACUCUUCCCCAUCAAUGUUUGCAACACUUCCGCUCACUCUUCCGACUCCAUCCUUUGUUCUCGAUCACGCUUACGAUGAUGACCUUUUCAUAAUGGAUGAUGUCCAUGCAGUCAACAGUACAUACGAUGAUGCUUCCAUCAGAAUUAAUCUAGGGCAUUGCCCUUUUGGACACAAUUCAGAUCACGAG